CCUCUUAUUAUUAUAAAUCAAACCACCCAUUUUCCUACUACACCAUAUCAUUUCAAAAAACAAAAAAACCCAUCUCCCUCCCUUAACCCUUUCAUCUCCCCUACACAAACCACCAAAACCACCCACUCAAAACUCAACCAUGUCCAUCAAAGACUACAGAAAUAAGUCCUUCCAUCGACGAAACAACUCCGGUGAGCUCGAUGUUUUCGAGGCGGCUCGAUACUUUUCAACGUCCAAUGACAACAAUGCCCUUCUAGCAUGUACAAACUUGUCCCAAAAGAUGGGUACUAAAAAUGAAAGAAAAGGGUAUUUAAGGGAAGGUAGAGUUAGCCUGGAUGUUCCUUCCCUUAAACAUUUUUACCUCCAAAAUAAUCACCCAAUUCUUGAAAAUCAUCAACAACAACAAAAAACCAAAGAAAAGAAGAAAUACAAACAACCUAGUUCCCCUGGUGGAAAAAUUGCUCAAUUUUUAAACUCACUUUUUAGCCAAACAAGUUCUAAGAAAAAAAAAGCUAUAAAAUCAUUAUCAUUCACACAAUCCAUGAAAGAUGAAGAUGAAUCCCCAAUUGGAAGAAGAAAAAGAAGGAGUAGUAUUAGCCAUUUUAGGUCUACUAGUAGUGCAAUUGAUUCUAGAUCACUUUACUCUUCUUCAAGUUCUGGGUUUAGAACUCCUCCUUACAAUCUUAAUACCCCAAAAUCUUACAAAGAUUUCAAGAGUUUUUCUGAAUAUAAAGAUGUUUUAGCUACUUUAUCUAAGUAUAAUAUCCAAGGAAAUGGGAAUGGAAAAGUUCAUAAGGGUGAUAAGAUUAAAGGGUCAAAUAAUUUAGAUUGGGUUGAUGAAAAAUUAAGAUUAAAAAAUGGGUUAGUUGAGAAAUCAAAGAAUUUUAAUGGGUAUAAAGAAAAAACAGAGCAUAAGAAAUUUAAUCAUGAUGAUGAUGAUGAUGAUCAUGAUGGUGCAGAAAGUGAUUCAAGUUCUGAUCUUUUUGAGUUGCAAAUUGAUUAUGGUUAUGGGUUUUGUUCAAGUGGAUUGCCUGUUUAUGAAACUACUCAUAUGGAUAAUAUUAAGAGAUCUUCUGCUACUGCAAUUACCAAUGGCCCCAUUAAAGCUUAAUGUUAAUUUUUUUUUGUGGGGAACUCUUGAAUCGAGGGUAUGAUCUGAUGUUAUAAAUUAAUAUUCAGACUCUGAUUAUGUAAGGGAAGCUAAAGACAUUUGUUUAAUGAUUUUCUUGUGAAAAUAUUUUGAAUUUAGUUUUGUUUGUGUAUUGAUGAAAUCUGUAGCAGAAGCCUUUUGUUUUUGUUCUUUAUUCAAUCAGUCAUGUACAGAAUGGAAUGUUUGUUUGUUUGUCUACCAAUUACUUUUCUCAAUCCCAUUAUCUUAUUUUAAUCAUUUAUAUAU